CACUAAGCCUGAAAUGCACUCAGCUGCGUGACAAAUUUCAAAGCGGAUUUUUUUUCCCUAGGAGCGUUUGAACGCAUCACAAGUUAAUAACAGGCGUGCUGGAGCUCACAGGAGCUCGGCAGCGAAGUAAACGGAUUCAGACAGUCAUGUGUGACCGGACGGGUGGACUACACUGAUCUCAGGCGAGCUUCAACACUUCUUUUGCUAAUCUCGGUGACACUGGGUCACUAUAACAUUUUUGUUUGUGCACUGGACUGAAGAAAAUGUCCUAAUUUCUCCUUUUCGUGACUUAAUUCUAGCUGGUUAACAGUUCUGUUGCGAUACUGUGCACCAGCAUCCUUCAAAAAAAGUUACUGUAAUUCUCCGAGGAGUUUUUUGUGUGUGUCUGCAGAGCUGCAGCCAUGCAGCAGGAGCUUUUGUUUAAAGUCCUGGUCAUCGGGGACCUGGGAGUAGGGAAAACGUCCAUCAUUAAGCGGUACGUGCACCAGAUCUUCUCCCAGCACUACAGAGCCACCAUCGGCGUGGACUUCGCCCUGAAGGUGCUGCAGUGGGACAGCGACACUGUGAUCCGGCUACAGCUGUGGGACAUAGCAGGACAGGAGCGGUAUGGGAACAUGACUCGUGUCUAUUACCGGGAGGCGGUGGGAGCUCUGGUGGUGUUUGACGUGACGAGGGCCUCCACGUUCGACGCCGUGCUGAAGUGGAAGGAUGAUCUGGACUCUAAGGUGACCCUGAAUCAUGGGAGGCCAGUUCCAGCUGUACUGCUGGCCAAUAAGUCAGACCAGCUGUCCUCACAGCAGCCAAAACUCGACUCCUUCUGCAGGGAGAACGGCUUCGUUGGCUGGUUCGAGACCUCUGCAAAGGAAAAUGCAAACAUUGACGAGGCAGCACGCUGCUUGGUGGAGCACAUCCUGAACAACGAGGAGAGCCCGGUGGCAGAGAGAGACCGCAGCGCCGUCGUCCUGUCUGGAUACACCAACACCACCAAGGAUCAAUUCAACUGCUCGUCAUGUGUGAAAUGGUGA